AUGUCCGAAAGAGUGGAGGCGUAUCUCGCAAAGAAUAAGAAAGCGGCAAAGCCUGAUGUUGCUGACAUAUGGUUGAAGUUCGAGCAGUUAUACACGAGAAAGUUAUGGCAUCAAUUAACGCAGGAAAUUCGUUCUGCGCAAGCGAAUCCAGCUUUCACUGCUUCGCUGAAUCAGAAAGAAUUUUAUGAUGGGUUCAUCUCAGAGUUCGAACAUCGCAUAAAUGCCUUACAGCUUGUGGAAAUCGCAUUGCCCAUAGCUAAAUAUAUUUUUGAGAAAGACAAGGAAGCCGCAUACGAGUUUCUUGCUAAAAUUGAGAAGACCGUGAGCAAAGAUAAGACAGUUCGCGAUUGCCUGAAGGUUGCACUUGCACGUAUCCAUGCCGGCCAAAUUGAAUUACGACUCAAUCAUAAGGACGGGAACGAUCGUCUGGUUGAUAUCAAAAAAGUCCGGGAUCUCAUUGAGUUGACGCAGAAGGAAAUCGAGAACUUCGUAGGAGUCACGGAGGCUCAUGCACCAUUUUACAAGGUGAGUGCCAUGUAUCUGAAGGAGCUCUUCGAUAUCCUUGGUGUUGAAGAUAUCAAUAAAAUGUCUGCGGAGGAAAAGCAUGUUCAGGCUGUGUUGAUUGGAUUCGCUGCUCUGCUCGGUGAUAAUGUGUACAAUUUUGGAGAACUGCUGGCUCAUCCGAUUCUGAAAGCCCUGGAAGGAUCCAGCGAGAAGUGGCUGUCUGAGGUGCUGUAUGCCUUCAAUUGUGGAGAUCUCAACAAAUUCUACGCCUUGGAGAAACAUUGGUCAGAGUGGGAUGAUCUAAAGAGGAAGAAGGAUUUUCUUGUGGGCAAAAUUCGACUUCUAGCAAUCAUGGAGGAACGAUUCACUGAAACUCGGUUUCAGGUACUUGCCAUGGCCAAUCGUAUCGCCGCCUGGAGCAAGGAUGUUAUGGCUAUGGAGAAUAUUGUCAGUGAAAAUGCUCGCGAGAUUCUUACCAAGUCGUAA